GCACGUGUCUGCCGCCAGCCGGCUCGGCUCGCGAGUGAGUGACAGUGAGUGCAGCAUGCCCGUGCGCGCUGUGGCCCUGCUGGCCGCCGCGGCCCUGGCCCUCGCCGGCGCGCCCCCCGACCCUUGCUACGAGGACGAGCGCCCCCGCCGCUGCAUCCCUGACUUCGUCAACGCGGCCUUCGGUGCCCCCGUGGCAGCCUCCUCCACCUGCGGCCGACGCGGGCCCGAGAGCCUGUGCGACCCGCCCGGCGACCAGCCACCCGACAGCGCUUGCCGCGUUUGUGACGCCGCGCGUUCCGACCGUCGGCAUCCGCCCGCGCACCUUACCGACCUCAACAACCCGCACGAUGUCACCUGCUGGCGCUCUGCCGCGCUCCCGCCCGCCGCCUACGAUUCCCCGCCCGACAACGUCUCUCUCACGCUAUCCCUCGGCAAGAAGUACGAGCUCACCUAUGUCAGCCUUCAGUUCUGCCCGAGGGCCGCCCGCCCUGACUCUGUCGCUAUCUAUAAGAGCGCCGACUACGGCGUUACCUGGCAGCCCUUCCAGUUCUAUUCGAGCCAGUGCCGACGCGUGUAUGGCCGGCCAAACAAGGCGACCGUCACGGCCGCCAACGAACAGGAGGCGCGCUGUUCCGACUCACACAGGCUGACCGGCGAGGGCUCCGGUGGCGCGCGGCUAGCCUUCAGCACGCUCGAGGGUCGCCCAAGCGCCGCCAACUUCGACAUAUCGCCCGUGCUGCAAGACUGGGUGACCGCCACCGAUGUAAGGGUGGUCUUCAACCGGCUGCACAUGGUGAGCGAAGGCGAGGAGCCUGACGGCAAGCGGCAGGCGGCGCCGGGCACUCAGCACUACGCCGUCUCGGACUUCGCGGUGGGCGGGCGCUGCAAGUGCAACGGGCACGCGUCCCGCUGCGUGCCGGCGCGCGCGGAAGAUGGCACAGGGCUCAGUGCGGGUGCGGGGGCGCAGCAACUGGCCUGCGACUGCAAGCACAACACUGCCGGCCGCGACUGCGAACGCUGCAAGCCCUUCCACUUCGACCGGCCCUGGGGCCGCGCCACCGCGCGUGAUGCCAACGAAUGCAAAGAGUGCAACUGCAACGGGCACGCACGUCGCUGCCGCUUCAACAUGGAGCUGUACAAGCUGUCGGGACGCGCGAGCGGUGGCGUGUGCCUCAAAUGUCGACACUACACCGCGGGUCGUCACUGCCAUUACUGUCGCGAGGGCUACUACCGGGAUCCCGCCAAACCAAUCACACACAAGAAGGCCUGCAAACCGUGUGACUGUCACCCGGUGGGUGCAAGCGGCAAGACGUGCAACCAGACGAGCGGGCAGUGCCCCUGCAAGGAUGGAGUCACCGGCACCACUUGCAACCGCUGCGCAAAGGGCUACCAGCAAUCACGUAGCCACAUCGCGCCCUGCAUACGUAUACCACGCGUGGUGACCGCGGUGCAGGCGAUGGAGGCGGUAGACGCGGAGCCGGGGCGCGCAACGGAGCAGUGCGGCCGGUGCCGCGCCGGCGCACGCACACUAAAUCUCAACAAGUACUGCAGCCGAGACUACGUCAUAAUGGGUCGGGUGGUGGGUCGCGAGCCAGCGGGCGGGACGGGCGCGGCGUGGGCGCGGCUGUCACUGGCCGUGCAAGCGGUGUACAAGCGCGCGCCGCGCAGCCGCCUUCGCCGCGGCGCCGCCGCCCUCUACGUGCGCGCCGCAGACCUCGCCUGCAACUGUCCCAAGAUCAAGAUUAACAAGUCCUACCUAAUCCUAGGAGUGGAAAAAGAGGGAGCAUCAUCUGGCAUGCCCGGCCUCACGGUCGGAGAGAGAACCCUCCUGCUGGAGUGGCGCGACGAUUGGCACAGACGCAUCCGCCGGCUGCAGCGGCGCGCCAUCAACUGCCAUUAGCUGACAGCUGUCGCCGGCUGUCAUUCGCUCGCCACCAUCUUGGAAUGCAACAGUGGCGCCGCGAGAACAAUCUAUUUGCAAAAGGAACCUAUCGAACGAUAUCUUAUUUGAAUGCAUAUUCCGUCUAUAUUCCGUGCAAAAUGUGAAUUGAUAAGUAGUAUCCAAUGUUACUGCCAUACGCUAACUUAAAUAGAUUUUUCAUUACUAAAUCCAGUUAAAUGUUAACCUAGUCGAGUAUAAAAAUAACUUUAGUGUGUAUUGAAUGGUCGAAGAAAAGCUAAUCGAUAUGUAUUUAUUAAUUGAAACGAAAUUAAACUUUAUAAUUAAAAAACUUCAAAAAGGAACAACAUGGGAAAUGACGUUGACAGCCAAUGUAAUACGAAUAUAGAUUAAAAAAUCUAAAUAAAUUAAAUCGAACUCGGAUUGUUUUCUUCGGAUGUUUUUCUUAAUUAUAUGCCAAAAAUUACAGAACUCGUGACUUAAUUAAUUUUUCCUUCCUAGGAUUUUGUUAGUGUUUAUAUACGAUUGUCAACAUGGUCAUAAUCUAUUUAAAAUUUUACGUUAAUUAUAUUUAAACAACAAUAAAUACGGGCUUUGUUGACGAACGUAUAUUAUGAAUAUUAUUUAUUAACCUAUCAAUAUUGAACUAGAAUAACUAAGUUUUGUUCCAUUUGAAGCAUUUUGUAUAAUUGUUAGAUUAUUAAAAACGCGUAUUAAUAAUAUUAUAAGUACAACCGGCUUCAUUAUGCAUCAAAACAUUUGUCAAAAACAUAUACUGAAAAAACACACCACAUAGAAAUUGCUGUAGCAUUCUUCGUUUCUAUAAAUUAAUUAAACCAUAGAGAUGGUAGUAAUAACCGUCCAGAAGAUAAAAGUGAAAGGGUCAAAUAUUCGAACUUAUUGAAGUUUUUUCUUCCCCUCAUAGGCUUUUAUUUAAUUUUUUAUUAUUUCGCAUUGACGGAGUCGUAGACGACAUCUAGUACAAAGUAAAGUUCACACUAGUUUCAACAUUAUAAGCCAACUCCCAAAGAUAAUUUGGAUCUUCGUAAUGUGCUGAUCAUGGUACGGUUCUUACGAUACCCACGAGACGAGUUUGAACGAUUACUUACUCAAAACGACACAAGAGACAUUUUCACACUUAUUAGUUCUUACAUUUUAUUUUAUUUCUUCGUAACAAUUUGAUGAUUAUAUACAUUGGUGAUAGUUUACGAUAUGUUUACAUAGCUUUAUAGUAUUUCUUAUUUCUUUUUUAUAGUAAACAUAGAAAAUAAUACACAAACUCAAAAAGUUUCUUUACCUUUGAGUGGCGCUAGUGUGCUGUCAAAUUAAGAUAAUGUUACCACAUCUAAUUUUUAUUUUGACAAAUGUUUUGACAAGUCCACGAUUGUACAUAAUAGAGAAUAGGUCAUUUUUCAAAAAAUCUAAUAUCCAACGCCGCGAAUAUUUAGUCAGAGUGGUUCAACGUACCUCAUUUAAAUAUAAUACUUAUUCUGUAAGUUUUACAGAUUUAUUUAUAAACUAGUUGAUAGACUCUUGUACUUUUAAGUUGAAAUUUUGAUACAAGUUGGUCAUUUCGGUCAAAUAUUUAUCUUGCCAAAGCUCUUUUAUUAUACUUGUUUGUAUAGAGCGCCUUUUUAUAGAGUCUACUGUCAGAAAUAGUAAAGAUUUAUAGUACGUAACCAUUUGAACAAUACCAUUACUGGAAUGGAGGUGUGUACAGUAUUAUUAGCAUUAAUAAGUUCAAAUAUUUAGUAAAUUUCGUUUUAAAUGUGCAUCCGAAGCAAUUUGAAAGUUGCCAGAAGUAAAUUGUCAUGUCAUUUAUGUUAAAUGUUCUUAUAAUGAAUCACUUUAUGGUAUAAAAUUUUGUUCAAGACGUUACAAAAUAGAGACCUGCACUUAAGCAAUCAUUUACAAUUGAGCUGUCAAAAUUAUUUAUGCGAUCUCAUAGGUGACCGUUAGUUGGACAAUAGCACAAAUCAUACUGACGUGCGUCCGAACAAUUUACAAUAAUCUAUUGAGUCUAUUUGCAACCAUAGACGAACUAGUGGAACAAAAAUUGUUGAUGGUUAUGUUUGACAUUUAAUAAUAAUGUCAGCCAUAAUACUUUAGUUAAAGUUUAAUCAAUAUCUUUCACAAUAAAUCUAGAUUUUUUUUGCUUGAAAUAUUCUAUGGUUAAUUUUUUGUAUUAAAACUUCUCGUGCACUAAUUCAAAAUGGCGGAUACAUUUGAUGUACAUUUUAAACGAAAUUAAACAAACAUGUAGUUAACAUACUAAAAAGAACGACUUAAAAAUUUCGCUUGAAUGUACAACGGAUUGUAAAAAGUAUAUUUAGUUGUAGAUUGGAAUAUUAAUCUGUUUCUAGUUAUGCAUAUCUCUAGAUUUCGUAAUCUUUGACAGAAAUGUGUUUUGGCGCGCUUUUUUUUUACGCUCUCUAGUGUUUCGUUACAUAAACGGUGCGCUAAAAUAUAUUUCUAAAAUUAUUAUAAUAGAAUAAUCUCUGAACUUAAACAUAAAAUAUA